AUGACCCAAGACUUCUGGGUGCAAGACACCAAUGGCACCGAUGUGCUGAGCUUCACCAUUUUCAGAAGCUCUGAAAAAAACCUUAGCACCUCUACCUGGGAAGAAAGUAGUGUUGUCCUUAUCUUCCUCAAUCCAGUAACCUCUUCUCUUAUCUUCUGCAGGUUUUUCUAUCCAUGGCGUACGCAUAGUUUGCAUGAUCUUGCCCAACAAACCUUGAACAAAUUCAAAACCAGAAGUCUUUCCCGCAUAAAUAGCGGACCAGUUUCUCUGAUUAAAAGCGCCUCUUUCGAGCUCAGCGUUCUUCAACACAAUAUCACCACAUUCGAACACCUUAAUGGGCAAAGAAUGCUUUCUGUUCUCUUUAAUAGUCUUGAGAAUACCUGGCAACAAUGUAGUUCUGACAACUUGGUAUUCGAUGGUCUUGGGGUUUUCCAAUUUCACAGCUGUCUUGUUAUCAUCAGUCUGUCUCAAAAACUUGAAGUUCUCAUCGUGAGAACACAAUGUUAA